GCGGCUACAAUGCUCUUAAACUCAUCUGCUGUGUGAUCCCAGUAAAAAAUCGUCCCACUAGGUACUCAGCGGCAUCAAACGUGCGAGAGCGACUCUCGGCUUGUUUCCCCCUACACCUUCUCUCCGCUCGCGUAAUGUGCUCCUGAAGAAGGCGUAAAGUGUUAAAUGUUUGAAACACAAAACCACCGUGUUUCACAUGCUGAAAGAGGACUCCGCUACUCGUGCGCGCGGCACUGCUGCGUCUGUGCAAUAGACUCCGCAAAGAAAAAACUCCUCUCGCACGCCUGCAACUCCGUGGCUGCGCAGAAAGGACGCUGCGAAACCUCGUUUUUUCUAGUUUCAAGACAAACGCUUAAAAAAUCAAACUGGCUCACGUCUUUCCCAACCAGCCCAGUUUGACAGCUGCUCUUCACCCCGCUUGGAGGACUGUCAGCAGCAGCAAGAGGAUGGCAUCAGAGCUGGCAAUGAGCAACUCCGACCUGCCCACCAGUCCCUUGGCCAUGGAAUAUGUUAAUGACUUCGAUCUGAUGAAGUUUGAAGUGAAAAAGGAGCCGGUGGAGCCCGAUCGCAACAUCAGCCAGUGCAGUCGCCUUAUCGCCGGGGGAUCCUUGUCUUCCACCCCGAUGAGCACGCCUUGCAGCUCGGUGCCCCCUUCCCCAAGCUUCUCGGCGCCCAGUCCGGGCUCGGGGAGCGAGCAGAAGACACACAUAGAGGAUUUCUACUGGAUGUCCGGUUAUCAACAGCAGUUGAAUCCAGAGGCGCUGGGCUUCAGCCCCGAAGACGCAGUCGAGGCGCUCAUCAACAGCAGUCACCAGCUCCAGUCCUUCGAUGGCUACGCGAGGGGCCAGCAGUUUACUGGCGCGGCCGGGACAGGAGGCUCCAUGGCCGGGGAAGAGAUGGGCUCCGCCGCAGCCGUGGUGUCAGCUGUGAUCGCUGCGGCAGCUGCCCAGAACGGGGCGCAACACCACCACCACCAUCAUCACCACCACAACGGCAGUCACCACCAGGCACCCGGCGUUCAGUCCAACGGCACCUCUGGGACGAAUCACCCUCACAUGCGCCUGGAGGAUCGGUUCUCAGACGAGCAGCUGGUGACCAUGUCGGUGCGGGAGCUCAACCGGCAGCUGCGGGGGGUCAGCAAGGAAGAGGUGAUCCGACUGAAGCAGAAGAGGAGGACCCUAAAGAACAGAGGCUACGCUCAGUCAUGCCGGUUCAAGCGGGUUCAGCAGCGGCACGUCCUGGAGGGGGAGAAAACGCAACUCAUGCAGCAGGUCGAGCACCUAAAGCAAGAAAUCUCCAGGCUGGUCCGGGAGAGGGACGCGUACAAGGAAAAGUAUGAGAAGCUCAUCAGCAACGGCUUCAGAGAAAAUGGAUCCAGCAGUGACAACAACCCUUCAUCCCCGGAGUUUUUCAUGUCAUCAAGAAAAUUCCUCCAUCUGUGAUUUCACGCCCCUUCUUCUUUGCCCUGGGUUCUUUGAGAUAACACAACAAGGAUUAUGAUGGCAUCCAAGUGGCUGACCAGUUGCACCAAGAAACCUACAAAGCACAAAGUUAAUAAUGAAGAACUUCAAAGAAGACCGUCUAGAUUCUCUCAAAACCCCCACAUUGAAGAUCUUGAAAGUGGCAUUUUCUCUGAAUUCCCUCCUUGAUAUUUUACCUGCAGCUUUUUGUACAAAACAAGACAAAAGAAAAAAAAUAAGAGACUCAUAAUCAUGAGAUGAUUGAAAACACCAGAUAAAUACUUUCGAAAGACUAUUUUCUUUUGAGUGCGAAGAUCAAUGAUGCAUGCUACUGUAAAUAAAUCAUGAAAACAACCUUUUUCCUGAAACAGGCAGCAUACUCAAUUGUUGUCACCAAAUUCAUAAACCUUAUUACUGUGGAGUGAGUGCUCAUGAAUUGAUUUACCUCACAAAACCUGAAUACAUUUUAUGAGUCAAAAGCCCAUGAAAUGUUCAUUUUAAGUAUAAUUUUAUUGUCUUUGGUAUCAUUAUUUGAUAUGUAAAAGUAUCGCUCUUAUUUUUAUUUUUUAAGCAACAGCCUAGUCUUCCUAUCUAAUAUCCACAUUAAUAUAUGUAAAUAGAAAUGAGUGAAAGCAGCAGCAUGGACAAGACUAUAGUUUGCAUUCCCCAAAUUGGUAAACCAUUCAGUAUCUCAGUAUUUUAUAAUUAAAUUUUUUUUCAUUGUAUUUGAGUAGAUGCAUAAAGGGAUUAAUUAUAGGUCUCUAACACCAGGAAUACAUUUGGUUUUGUCUCUAUCUUGUAAUGGGGAAAGACAAGGUGAAUGGGAAAUGCCAUCAAUCCACUGGCCUGACAAAACCACAAUGUUCAGCAUUUCAUCUAUGAUUUAAUGUUAGUAUUGGACAUUUUCUCCUUGUAUGUAAUUUGUGUAUUUCCAAUGCAAUAACUGUGCCCUCCUUCUAAAUGCCCAUAACUGCUGUAAGCAAAGCUGCUGUCUUAUUGGGACACAUUUUUCUUUGCACGGUUCCAAACUGUGCUCUACACCUGAGCCUACACAUGGGGAAGCAAAAUGGAAUUCCUGCAAUGUGGACAUGAGGAGUUAUCCUCCGUCUUCCAUGAACUUUGAUGAUAACCAAAUGCACUGACAGAUGAAACACCUAGCCAAUGAACAGAUGACCUCAAUGAUUAGUCCCUCACUGGCGAAGGCAGAUAACAUUUGCAUGGACAACAGAGGAAAGCUAUUGUAACUUGUUGGACAGCAAUUCUCCGCCACCGUGCAUCCUCUCUACCUCUUAAGAAAUUCAUGUCCUACCAGUGACUCCCUAUGUUAUCCCCACAGUCCACAAUUUUGCUGCAUGAAAAAAAUGAGAGCCUCAUGAAGGAAGUUCAGCACUGAUUCCUGUAUAGCAAUGGAGAAAACAUCAAAUAUUCACUUAAAAACUAAUACACUCAUUGCUUGUUGCUGUAUAUAUGUACACUAGGAUGAGUCUGUGUAGUCUCAGAUGCUGUACUCUGCAUGUUAACUUGUAGAUGGAACAUAACAACUACUCAUAGUUGAGUACAUGCACAUAGUCAAUCAGUUGACUGACUGAACCAAUGUACACUCUUUCUUAAUUUUCUAUCCCCUUUUUUCUGUUUCUGAAAAUGUACAGUAGUGUACGAAAAACAAUUUUUUUGUUCCCCCCACACUUACCUGCAGAGCUGAUAAAUCUAAACACAUUAAAGGAAAGCACACCCUCCCUUCUAAUGUCAGGCUGAAACUUGGCCAUGGCAAGCAUGAGGAGGAGAAUAGAAAGGGGAGGCAGGCUGGGUUGCUCCAGUUAAGUGGCAGCAAACAAAGUGGCAUGCGGCGUCCUGCCAACAACUGUCUAUUCAUCUUGUGUCAAAAGGAUUUGCACAUUUCAAUGAGUCUACACACUGACAGAGAGGUCCAAGAGGAGAGAGUAAGAGGAAAGGCAGGGCUUUAGAGAAAGGAUAGGGAGGAAAAGAACUAAAUUUACUUAGACAACGUUGAAGAAUUUUAGAGAUCCAAACAACUACAUGAUAAUUUUUUUCUGACCUCCUUGGAGAGCUCAACAACCCCUUGACCUCAAAUUGUUACACCAUAAUGUAACUCUCUGGGCUACUAUGACCUCACGUCCUGUCUGAGGUUAACUUUCUGUUAAUGAGCAGACCCCUUAGCUCAACCAGAUGUUCAAUCUUGUGGUCAAAUACCUGUUACCCUCUGUGAUUUUUUAUUUAAACCCUGACAGCUGCAUUUGCUUAAACUUCUAGAAAUAGUGACAGAACUUCCCCAAGUAAAAAUAAAAAUGACUAAAGGAAAUACAGUAUAAACUCUUAAGACUCUUGAGAUCAAGAGUUUUACUUUUCAGACAGAAAAUGAUACAGGCAUGACUAAUUCCUGCACAUUAAUUCAGAACACACUCUAAUACACAGAUGUUUUUAAGCAGAAAAUUUGGUUAGAUGUGACGUUAUGUCCUACUGUUGAGACCAUGAAGGUACACAGUUUUAGUCAAAUUUUGCACAUUGAACAACAUGAAGUAUUUACAGUCAACUCGUAAACAAAUUUGGGCUCAUGUCUUAGCAGUGAUUAGUUAAAGAAGAUUUAAAACACAAAAAGGAUGAACAUGACAGUCAAAUAGGAAACAGGUGAGAAGAAACAAGACACUGAGUGAGUCUCUCAGACUCAAACCUUCCAUGUUUUUAGACAUUAAACAAAGUCCCAUUUCUUUUAAGAUAUACCAGUAUGUGACAGGAUAAGAUGUUUUUUCUAAUAGAUUUGGAUGAAGGCUUCACACUCACAUGGAGAAUAUAGGGUUGGACACCUCCACAUGUAGAUCUGGGUGCACACAAAUACACAGUAAGUAUUUCCCUGGUCUUUGGCUUACACAAUCUCAUAUACACAUGUUCAAACCAUGUUAAUCAAAACAGCAAGACUAUAAGUAAACAGAUCGCCUACAUAAUGGGAUUGUUCAGUGUGUAAACAAUAGGCUGUUAGCGUAAUCACAGGUCAAAGAUAUAUUACCCAGAGAGCUAUGUUGUAUGUAUAUUAUCAUGAUGGAUAUUGUAGGAGGGAGGAGGGGUGCAAGGGCACUACGAUAUUGAGCCUUACUGAUUCCGAUUUACCCCCUAUUGGGCCCCAUCCGCUGCCUUCUCUCGUCUGCUGCCUUAUUCAAGCCUCACUUAAUCAGCCUCCCGUUUUUUCUUCAUAUUCUUUCCCCCUAUUUCUUAGAAACUUGGCUCCCCUUUUUCUCAGCCACUGAUUUUUUUUAUAAUACCGGAUUUCUGUCUUUAUCAACUAUACCUUUUAUCCUUUCAUCUCUUUUCCAUCGCCCUCUUUUUCUGGACAGAUAUAAUCGGCUUCAGCAAAGUCAUCAAUCCCUCUCUUUAGUCAGUGGGGUACGAGGAUAAAGAAGCCCCUGCAAUCUUGUUUUUUUCUGAUUAAGCUAACAGAAGCCUGAGUGAUAUUGACCUUUUUAAGUUGCUACACCCAUGUCUGAAAGAUAAACAAGAGCAAGAAGCAGAAAGAUGUUUUGUUGUUCCAUGCUGAUUGAGGAAUUAUUUUUACGGGCAGCUGCUCUUUCAGCUCAGUGCCGGUUAACUUUUCUCCACUUUACUUGACUACUAUUUUCCUCUUAUAUUUGGGUAAAUAAGGCCAUACUGUGUGAUUAUCUCUGAACAGUUUGUGAGUGUGAUCACUGGCUAACCUAUGUGCACUUUAUGUUUCUGUGCAGCUUGAGGUAGACACAUUGGGCCAACAUAUAGAGUACACCUGUAGGCAUGAAUAAUGGAGAAGAACAUCACAAAUCUAGUCAAGGCUAUUUAUGCUUCCUGUUCAGUUAGGAAUCAGAACAUCCAAAGUCCAGGACAGAUAUAAAACAAAAAUGCUCCUUGAAGUUGCAGCUUGAACUGUGAAGUCAAAGUUUGCACAUUAGCUCCCAGUAUUUAAUCUGUUAUGGCUGGGGAGAAUAUAUGAUUUAGUAAAAUUUGUAAGUAAUGAAUUUUUGUAUCUCAAUAAACCAGUGGCACGCCUAUUACAACAUACCUUUGUUGGUGUAGUAUAUAAAAAAUGAAACAGGAAAGAAAAUAUAUUUUAAAAAAUAUCUGUCAUAAAUGCUAAUUUGAGUUAGCGCCAAAACAAAAAAAAAAAGGAAAUCCCAACGCUUUCUGCCUUGCAAAUAGAAUGUGUUCAACUCAGGUGUAAUGUAACUCCUACUUCCAAAACAAACUUAAGACAGCUUAUGUCCCACAGUGCAUAGGCCUAACCAGUUCAGUGGCAGUUGUUUACGCGACAGCAGUGUAAUACUAAUCUUGAAUAAUCCAUUUAUAACAUAAUUUGUAACAACAUCAGCCACUUAAUACUGCUUGGCCACUGGUUUGAGUGAGGUAGUGGGAGUGGAGUCAAAGGUGAAAGGAUUACACAGAGCAGCAACCCAUGUCAACCGCUUUUGUUUAAUCCUGACCAAUAGGCUGAAGUAAAACUUCUGAUAAAUGAUUCACAUAAACCAUCUCUAAACAAUGCAGGCACCCCCAACUGUGUGAGCUGUAACUCAUUUAGCUGUUUAUGGUAAAAAAAAAAUUUAAAAAAGGAAUUUAAAAAAACAGCUUGAUGAGUGAUAGAUGGUGAUGCAGAGAUACUAUGGGUUAGAGCUGCUUUAUUAGACAAGCCACAGCAAAGACAGAGAAGGCCUCCUUAUGUCACAGAGCUAAUAACUGGAAUGAAUAAUAGACGUUGUAAAGCCCUGACUCCCUCCUUAUUCUGCCCCAUACAUAAGCUUGAGCUCUAUGUGGGCAGUGAGCCACCAAGCCCUUCGCAAAAAUGAGAUGGGCUCCCAAGAAGAUUGGGGGUGAAGGUGGGGGUGGAGAGAAUCGGAUUAACCAAAAUGCCUCAAUUGUAGGAAAUGCUUGGGGCUGACCUUAGUGUAAUGCCACUGACAAAUGCUGUAAACUAAAUCCUUAGUUUCUGAUUAGGCAAUCAUGGAAACCAGAAUUAACUGUGGUGAAAUUGCUCAAAUCUGUACGUAUGUUUUUUUAUGCAAAUGUUUAUGAAAGACUUGGGAUUUAUGCUUAAUACCUUUAUUGCCACUGGAGAAACAAAUAAACAGGAGAGCAAUAAAUUGCUAGAAGCUGUCAAAAGGUACCAUUUCAGUCAGCACAGUUUGACUGUGCAGUCUGGCUUCUGACAGCUUUAUUUAGUCUUUAGCACCUGAGCCAGAAAGCAGAGAGCAAAUUGUUGGCACAAAAAGUAGCUUAACUAGAUUCCAAUCUGCCUUCUUUGAGAAACAAUUGAUGUAGCUAAUGCACAUGAAAAACAAGGAGCAGGUUUUUGGUCUGUGUUUACUUUACUUGAGGAUCAAACACAAAGGGCCAGGAAGAAAGGUAACAGUCUAGAUUUAAUUUUAAUCUUUUCCUGCUAUCUGAGCCUGAUCAGAUGGCAUGACUACUGAAAUGAUGUUUCAGCUUGUCUUCAGGGUGUAAAAUACAGAUUAAAGGGGCUCAACUGCUUCUUUAAUGGAGGCGUGCUGUUCUCCCUGCUGUGAUCAGGGUGUAAUCCUUCAGUUUUAAAAGAAGUGAAAAGUUUGUGGUGUCCAGAAAGUUACAAAUAUGUCCCUUCUGGCCCCCCUACAGAGCUGAGAGUGGUAGACAGCAGGGGAUAACCAUAUGUCUUCCAACUGUGUUUCAAAGCUCCCAUCGUUUGCUAGCUAAAUUAUAUGAUAUCAUUAUAUACACCAGGCAAAAAAUAGAGAGCUAUCGUUAUGCAUCUCAAUGUGCAAAGUAAAACGUAAUGUUUUCAAAACUAAGGUUUCUUUAAAUAGCAAAGGGACGUAACUUUACUUACUUUAUGUUGAUCAUUUGGAAGGGUCAGCUCAUCACUUUGUUUUUACAUGCUUUUAAAAUACUGUUGCUCGUGAACAAUUAAAAGUUUAUGAUAUCCCACCACUACGAGCCCCUUUGCUGUUGCUUGAGGUUAAUUUGUGCUCACCCCUCAUUUCAAUUGUUCUGUGGUAAAUGUCCACAUUAUUUCCCACAUGUGCCUGAAUGAGGGGUAUGAUUAUCAAAAGGUAGACCUUAUGGGUAGCUGUUAUAUUAUCAAAGGGGUUGUAAGCUGCAGUAACAGAUUCUGGGGUCUUAUUGCUAUGGCAAUCAGCCCCUUGCCACUUGGCCUUUCCUGACCCCAGUCAGAGAUAAGCUUUAUGGGAAAGCACAUUAACAUACUCUGGCAGUCACCUCACUCCUUGAUCAAAGGCAGUCCUGUGAAAUCAAGUGUUUAUGGACCCCUAGUGAGAGGACAGUGCUGCUGAUUGCCCAUAUUAGAGGUUGACUGUAAAUGAGCUGGAGAUGGACAAAGGACUCGUAGCAGUGGGGAAAACUGAGGACGGGAUACUGAUGUUCUUGCUAAAUGAGCAAUAAUUUUAAUGACCCAUGAGCAGGAUACUCUUCCCUAAAAAUACUGUCAUUAGAAUCACUAAAUGGAAAAUGUUUUUUUUGUUUGUUUUUUUAACAAACACUGUGUGUUCAAAAAAUUUAUUUCAUUCAUUAUUUUAGAUAAAAAAACAAAACAAAAGUUUCUCAUUAGCUAAUAUGAAACAUGCCUAUACAGCCUAAUACUGACACUUUGGAGCCAAUGCAUUAUAUUGUAAGUUUAAAAGAAAUUAUUUUAUUUUACCAUUGUCUUUUUUCUAUUAAGAUACAUUGACGCUAAAUGUCCUUUAGAUUUGUUUUUAAUUAUUAUUAUUUCUUUUUUUACUCUUUAUUUUAAUACGGGCAUUUUACUGUGGCUACUAAAAAGCAUAGCAUUUAAGAAAAUAAAACAAUGUUAGCUGCUGUGAGUGCCUGCUUACAGCCUGAUCACUUGUGUAAAAUCCUCUCAGCGUGUCUACAAUGAUGGAUAGUGAUAGCCCUGUGUCUUUGUACACAACAGGGGGGACCUACUGUUGUCACCGGACAGAUACAGGGAGUUGCAAAGAGAAAGAUGUAACCACAGCUUAAUGUCCUUCUCUGGUGCUGUGCAUGCUCUUUCCUAUUUGCUUUUCCCUUCACGGCACGGUUAACAUCGUAAAUUAACCUUUCCAAGCCCCCUGUGCUUACAAGCUGGUGCACAAUACAAAGGAAAAAAUAGAUCUUUGUUAUGCAAUGCGGAUGGUGCUGGUCAGAGACACAGCCUGUUACAGUGUUCAGUUAUUCCUUUUUUCAGUGAUGGGGAUAAAACAAUAUAAGUUGUUCAGUCAAGCAUACUUUAUGUGCAUGUCCUGUGUACUCUGCAAAUCCAUACGAGGCUGGUUUCUGUUCUCCAUCUUGGAAAUGUAAAUGAAACACGUGAAACAAAAUGUACUCUAGGUCCUUCUUUUCUUAGGUCAAUCUUGUAAAUAAAAUGUAAAUAACAAACAGCUAUGCAUGCUAAUGUACACGCAAUUUGUUCAGGUACUUUUGUAAUCCAGACUGCUCAUAUGGCAUGUAAUAAUGACAAAAAGCAAAAGUGGAAACAGCAUAAUAAAUUGUGAACAACAAUAUGGUUUGUAAUGAUGUCAAAAAGGGAAAAAUAUGUCUUAGCUGGUAAUGUUUUCUUACUGAUAAGUAUUGCAUUGGCCUGCCAUUUACUCCAGUGCUGUGCUCAUGUUACUUGAUUUUUUUUUUUUUUUUUUUUUUCCCAAGAGGUGAGGUAAGGGCAAAUAUGAUAAUAAAUUACCAGUCUGUGGAAUAGUGUAAGUAGCAAUCAAAAUGAGGACAAGUUGGUGUUCUGGCUGUUUUGUGUUUAAUUCUUGAUUGCCACUGCAUGCUGACAUGCAUACUCCUAUUAAUAGCUGAGUAUGACACACAACAAAUACAAUUUUUCAAAACUGAGCUGCCAUUAGAGUUGUGUCAGCAGAAAAGAAGGCACAUCACCAGCUAUAUCAAGUGUAGUUUUGAAAGGAUACGCUUCUGGAAAUAAAUGCAACUUACAUGAAUAGAACAAUUAUUUUUGCUGAUUCAGAUUUUUCCAAUAAUUACUAACAUGGAAAGAGUACUCAAGUAAAUAACAUUUUUUUUUCAUUUUGGAAUUUGUUUCCGCUUUUGUAAAACAAUGUUUAGUUAAAAAAAAGAAAAAAAAAAGAUGUAUAUCCAAAAUUUCUCUUUGCCCUAGAAGCUCUAUUGUGACAUUGCAUGUAAGGAGCAAUGGAGAAAACUGGAUUUUUUUGCAGAGGGUGGGUGGUGGGGUGCUUUUUAAGAGUGUUUAUUGUAAGCCAUUUUAGAACCAUGUUAAAUCCCAAGGCACCCAUGGUAGACGGAAGUAUCUAAUUUCUAACCUGUGCUAAAGAUAUUUUAAAUUUAAUAAAUAAGUAUUGUAACAAGAAAA